CAGACUCAUUUGCAAAACCAAACCCCUCUCCAAACUCCAGGAAACGAAGAACACCCCCCAACAAUGGCGGCAGCCCAAAUCCUUCUCUCUCUCAUUGUCCUCUCAGUUCUCUCUCUCUCCUCCGCCCUCCCCACCCAAACCCUCGUCAACGCCGCCGAAAUCCUCUCAGAUUUCGGCUACACCUCCAUGGCUCUGACCCUCGACCUCGCCUCUCAAACCCUCCUCCUCUCCCAGUCUCCUUCUCUCACCAUAUUCGCCCCCACAGACGCUGCCUUCUCUCACUCCGGUCAGCCACCGCUGAACCUCCUGCAAUUCCACAUCAUUCCCCUUUAUUUCUCUCUCCGAUCCCUCAAGUCCCUGCCUUUCGGCGCCAAGAUCUCAACUUUACUCUCUGACCACUCUCUCUCCGUCACCACUUUGGCCAACGACCCCAGAGUCUCACUCAACAACGUCCCCAUCACUGUUUCCCCAAUUUUCGAUGACGGGUCGUUGAUAAUUUUCGGAAUUGAGAGGUUCUUGGACCCGCAUUUCCGGAUUUUGGGUCCUCUUCGGAGCUACACCCCCAAGAAUCUUGGAUGCUUGGCCCCGAAGAGCCCGAACGAGGCGAUGGAGGUAAGGGGUGCUUAUUAUCCAUUUAGUGAAGCUUCUAAUGCGCUGAGGUCGAAAGGGUGCUCUGUUAUGGCUUCGUUUCUUGAAAUGCAAUUUCGUGGGUUUUUCUUCAAGUACCAGACCAUGAUGACUGUGUUUGCUCCAUUUGACCAAGUCUUGAUGAACCGAGUUGGGAACUUGAGUGAGCAAUCCUCCAUCUUUCAUCGCCAUGUGGUGCCCUGCAGGCUUUUGUGGAGCGAUUUGGUGAGUUUCAAUGAUGGGACGGUGUUGAGGACUAAUCUGAUGGGGUUUACCAUCAAUAUCACUCGAUCCCAAGACGUGUUGAUGCUCAAUGGUGUGUCGGUCAUUUUUCCGGAAGUGUAUCACAAUGGCUGGCUUGCGGUUCACGGAAUCAGUGAGGUUCUUGAGGUGCCACAUAGAACAGAGCAAACAGAGCAAGUGACUGUGGCUCCGUCUGAAUUUGGUAACAGCUACCCCGAGGAAGAGAGUACCAUUAGUCACAGCCAUUUUUUUGUUGUAAGGCCUACAUAACAUAGCAAUCUUGGUAGCC